AUGACUAAUUAUUUCGUUCCGAAUAUGGAGCUGCAUAUAUCCCCUUUUGUCGUGCCGUUUCGAGAGACAGUGAUUGAGUCGUCACCUGCUCCGACUCACUCUUUGGCAACGAAUACAUCGGAAUCUAUCGAGAAAGUCAGAUCUAGAUUGGAAUCCAUUCUUUUGGGAUCGGAUGACCCCGUAGCUAUUGUCACCGAGCCCUUGGCCCCGAUCACCGAGGCCGUCUGCUUCACGUGCGGGCCAAACGACACACCUCUGGAUUUGUACCCCCCAACAUCAUCCGGAUGCAAGAUUUACAUUCAGAAAGAAUCCAUGCAUGAUGCAUUUGCUCCUUCUAUCGAUCCCACUAAUCUCCCUGUGGGACACUUUCAGUUGCCACACAGCAAAACUCGGACCAGAGUCAUUAUCCGAGUGUCGGUUCAUCCACUUCCUGAGAAACUUUUACAGUGGGUAGAAACACGCGGCGCUCGGAAGGUUUCACAACUCAUCCGUGCCUUCAAGAUCCAGGCCGCUGUUUACGAUUCCCUAGUUGCCGCAUUCAACACGGAGUUCUCACAACUAUGCUCUUCUUUGGUUCAAACUGAAGCGAACCGACCCAGUGGUUCGUCCAUUGAUUGGUGCAACAUGGCCCCUCGAUUUCUGGCUUUGGGGCCCGGACAAACAGGACCUAAUAUGUUUUUCAGUCGUCUGAAGACAGACCACUUGCCAAUUUUCACCGCAUGGGGACAACAAGUGUAUGCGUACGAAAACGGUCCACCACGUCCACCUCCUUGCAACAGACCCAAUUUAAGCUUGCCUUUGGUCAGUUAUGGAAAGGCGUUGCUGCGCGGUUUUCAACUCGCAACUGAGCGCGGACCACUGUGUGGUGAGCCAAUGCGGGGUGUGCUCUUCAUUCUGGAAGAAAUCUACGCUGAGGAACGCUGCCGGUUUGGAAUACUAGAUUUGUUAUCACAACAGCAGCAGCAGCAGCAGAUCGCGUCGAAUGCGUUUGCGGAACUGCCAAUGGAACCCAGUCUGCCGCCGGCUAUCGAUGCUUUGGAGCAGAUGGUGGAGAACGGGAGGUUCAGCAGAAUGCACCUGCUCAACUGGUUGAAUGAGAACAAGAAAGGCGAAAUGAUCCACUUUGAAGAUGACGACUGGACAUCUGUUCUUGAUAAUGGGGAGCUUCUUCACAGCCUUUCGACGGAGCCUUCUAUUUCAGAAGCCGAUUUGGGUGGAUUGAAUGAGAAGCAAAAUACCGUGCAAACUCUAAUGAAUGGUAUCCCGUACUGGAAACGAUUGACAGAUGAAGCUUGGGUCCAAGACGUGUCACCCGGUCUACUCACUUCUGCGGUCAGCCGGGCUUGUAUAGCUGCGUUCCAGGCUUCACCCGGUCAGCGGCUCAUGUUGUGCAUGUAUGACGUGGAGUUACAGGCUAGACCGGAUGUGUUGGGUCGAAUGUUUGGCGUGCUUCGGAAACGACAUGGCCGUGUGGUGAGUGAGGAUUUGCGUGACGGGGAGAAUAUCUUCACAAUCAAAGCCCGCUUACCUGUGAUAGAAAGUUUCGGACUGGCUGUCGAACUGCGGUCACGCACCAGUGGAGUCGUUAGCCUACCUCAACUACGGCCUGACGGUUGGGAAGUACUAGAUGUGGAUCCCAUCCCCCGAAACCCAGACCACACUUUGACAGACAAAUCGGUCGCAUCACAUGAUGUGGUGGUGCCUCGCAAAGGCAGAAAGUCGACUGUUGAUCGUCCGACCGCCCCUGCAAGCGCUGCAAAGGUAGUCACGGAUAGCGACGAAGAUACUGUGGACGAGUUGACUUCUCACUUCGCUCGAGUACGAAAAUACAUCCGAGAUGUCCGGAUUCGAAAAGGUCUUUCAACCAACGAGCAGUUAGUGCUUCACCCCGACAAACAACGAACCUUGAAGAGAAAUAAAUAAUUUUCUUUCAUCCAAAUCCCGAUUUUAUUAUCUCCCUCUUCCUGCACUGUAUCAAAUACACAUUGAAACGUUGGCGUUGACUCUAUAUCACACCGUCGUUUUCG